AUGACGCAAUCGGUCUCCUUCUCAGUAGGCCCUGAUGGAUCUUUCGACAGCAACCAGCUCAACCGCGACAGACCGUCUCUUAAUCCUUUCACAACCUCAACGCCGUCUCCUCAGACAGCCAGCGCCUGGUCCAAUACUCUUCAGGUCGCUUCAAGAUGGAUCGUUCAUCUCGAGAUCCAAAUUAUCCUCGGCGCAAUCAUGCGUACCCUCCUGCUGGUGCGUCUGAGCGCGCCGCCAUCGCUCGCAGUUUGCAGGCACACACCCACGACCCUGAGGUCUAGGAGGCCUUACAGAAACUCUGCGCCAACUGAGAACGAUGGCAUGACCAGUGACACCGGUCGCGCUUCUGAUGCCUCUCCUCCGAGCCCAGACCAGGCUCGCCGUCCCCUCCUCGCCGGUCCUGAGACCCAAACUCGUUCAUUCGAGGGCCACAGGACCACUCAGGGAGAGGCUCGGCCGGGUAGGUUCUCCAUGCUGCGGUCAUUUGCUGCGAGUCGCCAGCCGUCCAUCUUGCUGCAGCGCCGCCACCCUGCCGGCAUCACCGAGGCCACCGCGAGCCCUCUCUCUAACCGCCGCACUACUGCGUCCAUCGCAGGCGGUCUCACCGAUGAUAACUUGGGUAACCGCACUGAGCCCGCCAGCGGCACUGGUCCCUCUAACCGGGCCACCACGUCCAACCUAACCACAGGCCUGGACAGGCUUGCAAUCACUAGCAGCUUUGCGGCCCACCUCGCAUCUGCGUCCAACAACACCUCCCAGCGCCCGAGCAUCACCGCGUCCGGCAGUCCGUCACUGAUCCUUCGUGUCUCCACCAACGAUGGCGUCACCGGGGCCCGUGUGAACCCUCGCGUUGGUGGUUCUCCCUCGGCUCGUUCCACUCCUUCAGUUGGUGGUUCUUCUUCCUCGGCUGGCUCUGCUCGUACGGUCGGCGGUGCGGCCAACGGCCGCGGUACUCCCGCGCCUGGUGAUGGUGCUACUGCGAACGUGGCCAUGCCUGCGAGCGGUUCUCUCCCCGUCAGAGCUAGCGGUGCUCAGACGGCUAGCGGUCCUCCUCCUACGACCGGAGCCAUGCCUACGAACGGUUCUCUCCCCGGAAGAACCGGCGGUGCUCAGGCGGCUGGUGAUGGUCCUACCGCGGACGAUACGAUCAUUGCGGACGGUGCUCUCCCAGCAUCUGGCGGUGCCCCUGCGGUGGGAACCAUGCCUGCGAUCGGUCGCGUCGCCUACAUCACGGUCCAGUCCCCCGACAACCGGUUCUACACCGUUCGAGUUGACCUGACCGAUGCUGCACCCAAUGCGACGUACAACAUCACAAUCAACAUCCCGCCUCCCUAG